AUGGUAUUCAUCAACUUGAUAAAAUAUGCGAAACACUCUACCAACUACAAGGACUCGAUCCAGUUCUUUCAGAGCUCGUAUCCGUACCUCAAUGGGAACAGCUACCCUCUCAUAAGACACAACUUUUUCUACAAAACGAACAGAUGGUCCAACGAAGAUCCACACCCUUCCAACAGAAGUAGAAAUUUCCUCAGCAUCUCGCACGGCCAUUAUGGUCUCUACUAUGCCAUGUAUAACCAUGAUGCACAACGUAGAAAAGAGAAGAAAGCCCAGGAAAAAUACAUCAUGGCUUAUAUUCUUAAGAGCUCUCGUUCUGCUACCGGUGCUGAUCAUGAUCGUAGUGAAAGCUUCUAUGGUAGUCAGUGUCGUGUUCAGCUCAUGAAGAAGACGAAGUUUUUUAUUCUGAAACUCAACCAGGACAUCCAAAGCAACAUAGAUGAGUUGAAGAAAUAUACCUAUAGCUUGCUUUCGAUUUUGAAUGCUGUGAGAAACUUUUCGACUUUCUGUCCCAAACAUAGAAAAAUUACCGCAGAAACACCUUCAUUACGAACUGAUACAGACGGUUCUUUUGAGUCUAAUUUUUUGCAUAAUCAAAUCGCUGCCAUCACAUCUACGUAUUCGUCAUACACUGAUGCCAGUGAAUUGAACAUAAUUUACCCCUUAUACCAAUCAUUGAAGAGAAAUGACUUGACAUUGCCUUCUAUUCAAUUAUACAACAUAGUGUUGUCUUCCAUCGAGAAGAGAGCUUUGGAUUCGGAGUUCACCUUGGAAGCCAUUGAGAACAAGUUGACCAACUUGUUGACGGUAUACCAAGAUAUUCUUUCUAGUGGUAACAAGCCUGAUACAGAGACAUACAAUUUGAUUAUCAGAAAUCUUUUGCAAGGAAACUUGGAUUGCCUUCACUUAGAAUCAAGCAACCAGUACCAGUAUUUUGCGACUUACAAGAGAGCUCAGGAGUUCUGUCAAAUCAGUAUUGAAUUGUUCAAUUCGAUCAAAGCAAUUAACCAGUUAGAUUUGGACUGUUUGGUUCCUAAGUUGUUGGUGGUUUUGGAUAGCUUUCCAGAACUCGUUACCAAAGACUUGUUGUUGAGAUUGAUCUCAGCAAUUUCGGAAGUAAAUACGCUUACUAAAGAUACCUACUGCACAUUGAUUGGAAUAACCAAGCAUUUCACUAAGUUUGGUAUUUUUGAAGGUAACAGUAAAGAAAUCUACAAGUUUAUUGUAUCUGUCUACUCGGACUACAAGCAAGUUAUUGAAAAUGACGACAAUGAGUUUGCCAUUUACAACACAUUAAUAGAAUCAUUGGUUCAAAAUGGUCAAUUAGCUCUAGCCAGUGAAUUCUUGGAUGAAAUCCUUUUGGACUACAAGAAUUCCUUUGCGUUAGACAAAAAGGCGUCCAAGUCUCAAGUGUCUAGUCUAAUCUCAACAUACAUCAAGCAGAUUAUCUGCUCGGGUUCGAGAACUAGUUUGUUUAAAGGUUAUGAUUUAUUGAUGAAAUUCAACAGAAUUAGUUACAUUCCGGAAUUAUCUAUUUCUGUGUACAACAAUAUGAUCAACAAGUUUAUCAAUGAAUGCAAUUCUAUUCAAAUUGAAAAACAAAAGUUGACAAACUCGAACAACAAAUCAACUUUUGAAAACACUUCAAAGUCUCAAGAACUCGAAAGCUUGCAGUCCUCAAUCUACAAGAAUAUUUGGAAAUUGUACGACUAUAUUGCAAUUAGAAAAGAUUUCCAAUCAAUGCCUACAAUGGAGUCCAUCAGAGCUGAUAAGUUCAAUUGCCGUGAAGUUUUGCUUUCUUUGACUUUAGAAAUGGGCGAUCAUACAAGAAUUUUUCAAUUGAUCAAAGAAAUCGUCGUCAAAAACCACCUUGUCUUUGACUUGAAUGUCCUCAAGAAAACCUUGAACUAUUUGUACAAUGGAGUUGUAUACAAUAGAGAACAAGGUGAACACUUCAACCGCUAUUACUUGGGAUUGGUUUGGAAUUUGGUAGAAUCGCAGGCUCAACACUAUCUGUCAAACAGCAAAGAUUUGAACGACUUCUUCUCUGAAUUUGUGAGUUUCUUGCUAGUUCCUGUGCCUCAAAAUUCCCCAGCUAUUCCAGAUAUUAUUGAUUAUAAUAUCCAAAUGUUUAUGAAUUCUUUGACUUUAGAAAACGCCAUAAAAGAUUUUAAUUUCCAAUCGGAUAACAUCUAUGGCUUAAUUAUAGCGUCGAAGCUUAUCAUGAAUUACAGCGGCAAGGAUAUCACCAUCAUCAACAAGAUUUUACUGUUCCAAGCUCAACUUGUCAAAUUGUUCGAAGAUUCUGACAACCAUUACGUCGAGUUGAAUGCAGAACUUCUUCUGUUUAGACUGGAAUUGAAAGUUUCUUUCAAGUCCUUGUUGGAAAGAUUCAAAGAUCGAAUCGUAUUCAACCAAGCCAUAUUAGAAGGGUGUAAAUUUUAUGACAUUGAGGUCAACAGUCCUGUGGAUCCAGAGAGUGAAAUUGAGUGGACAUACGAUCUCAAUUUGAGUUAUGUAUUAUCCACUAACUAUGAUGUCGGAGUUUCUAAGUUUAUUGAAAUGUUCCAGAAAGGAUACAAUUUCAGUAGUGGAACAUGGGAAAUCAUCUUCAAUUACAAUUUUGCUGUUGAUGUUCUUGAGGCAAACUUUCCAAUCAAAGUUGGAGAUUUUGUCAUGAGAUUUAUGCAGCUGAAUGUUGAACAUGACAUGAAAGUUGACUUGAUAACGAAGUUGAUCAACUACAACAGCGACAAGAUCAACAUCAAGAUUGUACAGUUGCUACUUGAGAAUCCUUCUAUGUUGCUCAGUGGAACAUCAACUGAUUGUAAGGUUUUGAUUUACUUGAUAAAGUCAUCAGAAGAUUCACCAAACUUGUACUUGCAAGCAUUGCUCAAUGAUCGUUCUUUUUUUCAACUGAUUUUCAGUAUCAAUCAUGAUGAGGCUUGGAUAGUUGAAUACUUCAAAUUUUUGAAACUUCGAGGUAAUGCAAGAGAGCUCACCUCGAUUGUUGAAGAUUUCGGUAUUAUAACUACUGGAAGCAAGCUUGACUCAGCUCAGUUCAAACUCAUGUAUCACUAUUUGAUGUCCUUAAUCGAGUCUGAUAAUUUGGCAAAGUUCAAUACUGUUUUCCAGGAGACUUUCACAAACCAAAAUACUUCAUACGCCAGCGACGUUGAGUUUUUGGAAAUGAUGAUCAGCUACAAUUUGGCAGUGAAGUCCGAUGAAAGUCUCAAGAUGAUUUGGACUGACUUCAGAAAAUUUCAGUACAAGUCGCAAAAUUUGAAAGAGCUCAUCUUGUUGGCAGAACUAAUUCUGUAUUUUAGAACUGGUGAAAUUCCAAAGCAUUCUAACCACCAGGUUAAGACUAUUGAAGAGCUUGCAAUUAGGCUCUUGUCUUCUAACGUUGGUGAAAUGGAUAAGUUGUACACGAAAAACAAGCAAUUGCUUCCGAAUAAGGAAAGAAAGUUGCAGUUGCCUACUGUCAAAAGCGACGACAUCUUGAGAGUUUCGUUCAGAAAUGUGCUCAAAUUCUUGAAGCUUGAAGGGUUCAGAAACGUCAACAGUGAAGUUUUUGUGAAGAUGAUCGAAUUCUUGAAGUUGAUACAAGCCAGUGAUAUCUUGAAUAUCAUAUUGACGAAGUUUUUGCACAACAGCAAAAUUACCGACAUUUUGAACUUUUACUUUUUGGAAGUUCAGUUGUUUGAAGAUACUGACAAAAUGAAGGUAUUGAAGUCUCUCCAUAGUAGCUUCAAGCUGUUGGGAGACUCAUUUAAUGCUCGUGUUAUAGACGACUAUAUUCACGGUCAAACCAUGGCCUAG